GUCAGAAAUGAAGAUAUUGAUACUGAGUCACCGGUUUUUGGAGCUUCUCAGGUUUCAGCGAUGGGUGUACAGGUGGGCUCUACCUGAGCUGUUGCACCUGCUGCGAUGUCCUCUAUUGUUCAUUAUGUUGUACCAUCUGUCCAAUCUGCUGCUUCAAUGAUCCCCAGACGAUCAGCAAGAAUUGAAGAGUCUAUGAGCCCCGAGGAUGUUGGUCGCGGCUCAUCUAUGCCAACUGCGAAAGUUUUAAAGCCAUCCCCCGAGUCAUCUCCUGGAAUGACUUUAGGUUCAACCGUCGGGUCACCAUCGGCAUCGCCGUUGGUUUCUCCACUGUCCAAGAUCAAGGUGGAGAAAUUGGAUGCUGCCGAAAGUGCUCAGGCGCAACAUGGUGGUUCCUCACAGGCAGGUGUUGAUAUGGAAAGGGAUGCUUUGGUGGAUAGUCUAUAAAAACGGCGGCAAAGCGUGGUUUGUUCAAGAAGUGAUCAUGAUUUCAAGGGUACUCCUAGCUCUGUUGUUUAAACCUAUACUCUCAGAACAUUUGUGUUGUAGUUUAGUUUUUGUGCGUGUCGUGGUUCUUAUUAUUCCAUGUUGUUUGCUGCAGGAACUAAAUAUGUGUUUGAUGGUGUCACUGGGAUUGUAGUUGUCUUAUGUUCGAGGAGAUAUUGUGUUUCGUUAUGCUUUUGCAAAUUAUUCUCUUUUUUUGGACAAUCGUGUUUUGGGAAUUCUGGUCUCGAAAUUGUGUUGUUUGCACCUAUGUGGAUGUUAUCAGAGGAUGUAUAUUCUCUGUGCUUUUCGUUUAUGUAACCGUCUAUGUUUUGUCGGAUAGUAGUUCUUUUGGCGGUAUUGAGGUGGUGAAGGUUGCUAUAUGUGACUUUUGCGUCGUACCUUAUAGUAAUAUUGCAACUGUGUUUUUUUCCCUUGUGAGAUGUUAUAUGUAGUAUGACUUCUACUUAUCGUUGCUUAAAUAGGUUGUUUCGUUUUGCGGGUACAAUGUAUGUCCAUUCUUAGCGUAGUCAUGCUUCUUUUUUGCUAGAUGUUCGCUGAGUCUUCCUUUUAAAGUCUAACAAGCUCACGUUUUAUACAGGAAUUAACCUGUUCUAUGAUUUAGUUAUCAAGAUGUGUUAAAACAUGUUCGACAUUUUGUGGAAUUGAUAGUCCUGAAAAGACACGUUAGAACAUAUAUGAGCAACUGGAAUAGGAAUGUGUUAAUUAUGUUGGAUACCAAUAUUUAUGGAUUCCAAUUGAGGCCACAUGUUCCAAAAUGGAAAAUUGCUCCAGCGAUUUCCUCCGUAAUCGCUUUUGUCUCCAUAAUGAAGCCUCUUUCUAUACAAAGAUUAAACUAAUAUGAUUGCUUUUCCUCAUUUAAUUAAUUUAGCACAAAGUUAGAUAUUUUGGGAGUGGAAAAGCAAUAUACUAAUGCAUAUCUAAUAUCACGGAUACCCAUAAUAACACAUUUUAAUAUAGGUAGAUAUGAUUGCAUAUCUCAAAUAUCCAUAAUGAUGCAUUUUAAGGGAGGUCUUCUUCUUCAUUGGGUUUGUGUCAACUUCUCUGGGAACUUCUCCCAUCUCACUUUCAUAUUUCACUUAAGACUUCUCAUUUGUAUCUUGUGCUUGCUAGCCGAUUUGGACAGUCAUCUACACAACCACCACGCUUUUGAUUGUUUAAGGUAGAGUGAAUCUUUAAUUAUGUCUGUUAUUGAUUCAUUAUAUCCAAAUUCAUCUCAGCUUUAUUAGUGAAGCUUUCUAGCAAUAAAUGACGUUGUCCUUUUGCAUGCUUUUGUCUAGACUGUGCGGCAAUGCCUCCAAGAAUAAGAAAAGCUCAAUAUCAGA